GUGGCCAGCGCGGCGCCUUCAAGCAAAACUUUAUUUUUAAAGAAAUAAACACUAAAUGAACUCUAAAUAUCGUAAACUAUAACAAAUAAUACUUACGCUACAAUGUCAUUUACAGGUUUUAGCGAAGAAGACUUGCAACGAAUUAAAUCCAAUCAUAUUACUGGAAGUGCAACUAAUGAUUUUCCCAUAAACACAUCUACCAUAAAAAAGUUGGACAGACUCGGAGCCAAAUCAAAAAGAACUGUCAAUUCAUAUAAAGUACCCACUAUGCAACAAGAAACAUCUGAUGAAGCAUUAGAUGACAUAGAUUUCAAGAAGUGCAAGCUUAGUUUACGAAGUACAUCAAUCAAUUCACAAGAACAAGAAAUUGCACAACCUGAAACAGAAGAUAGUAUGCAAUCUGAGGAUUUACUUGAUUUGAAUGAGAAUAUUGCAGAAUUAAACAUGGAACAUGCAAUUGAAGAAACUAACAUACAUAACAGUCAUUCUAACAAUGAUUUGAGAAAAUACAGCACUACUAGUACUCCUGAUAUAGUAAGGGGCGUUACUGAUUAUACUGAAGAUGAGUUGGCAGCUCACAGAGCAAAACUUGAGGAGUUGCAGCUAAAACAGAAGAUUAUGGAAGAGCAGAAUAAAAAGAGGAAAGAAAUGCUGGCUAAAGCUUUGGCUGAUAGGACAAAACAAACUGAAGAAGAAGUAAUGAGGUUAGAGAAGAUAAAGAAAGAGCUCCAAGUGUUAGACGGGCAGUUCUCUCUAGAUGUUGCUGUUUUGAGAAAAAAAAUUGACCAAGCAUGUCUAAGUUUUGCUGAAGCAGAGAAACAUUACCUCAAAGUUGAAAAAGAGUUCCUUCAAGCCAAAAUCACUUUACAAAAGGAGAAAGAGAAGAAAGAAUUGCUCACAGAGCACUUGUGUGCAUUAAUUACACACAAUGAAACCAGAAAAGCACAAAAGUUGGAAACGCUAAUGCUAGAACUUGCCAGUGACAAGAAAUUGAAUGUAGAUGAUACUUCGAAGCCUAUAGAAGAUGAGGAACCAAUCAUUAUUGAUGGUGUUGACCAAAAGACUGGUAAGAUUGUGGAAAUACCAAUCAGUAGUUGAAAUCAAAAGUGUAGCUAGUAAUUUAUUGGACAUGUUUAGGUAUUAAUUUUACUAUUUACUUAUUUUAUAGAUUAACAAACGCA